CCAGCAAAGACAGUGGAAUCAGUAAUAUAUGGCCGAUGUAGAAGAGAACAUGGAAGGUCUCACAUUGUGUAAUUCGGGUCGAUUGUCUUCCGUUUCUUCGCCUACCCAAAGAGGGCGAUCAGUUACAAACAUUACGGUAAAUGGUUCAACCGAUACGAUUGCUGGAGAUCUAAUUUUACCUCAGGAAAAUAACGGUUACAAGACGCAUGGAUCCUCGCCUGAUUCGACGAAGAGACAAGAAAGUUUAGAAUAUUUGAUUGAAACAUUACAAUCGAAGAAGACGCAACCAGAAGAAAAAGUAUCAGCUUUGCAAGAGUUUCAGCAAUAUGUUCGUGAAGGAGACGCCUCGUAUAUCAAACAAAAUUUCAAUCUUCCAAUAACCACUGAUUCGUGUAGAAUUACUGUAUCACCCCCCAGUUUUCGAAAAACAUGA